ACAUAUUUGAUUGUUUAUUUUCAUUACUAAUUGCGCGCUUUUCAAAACAGUAAACACAAUUCUAUAAUUCAUAUAUAUUUUAUAAGAUCUUCAGAUUUAAAGUCAAGUUGAGAAAUAUAAAAGCAAUGGAAGUAUUCAAUAAAAUGAAUGAAAGGUUUCCCUGUCGGAAAAAGGUGCUUAAAACUUUAACGAGCUUGAUUGGGCAUUCUGAAGAAAUGCUUCCGGCUGCAAUUCAUAUUUAUGGUCAUACGGGUACAGGAAAAACUACUUUACUUAAAAAUUUCCUUAAUGGAACCGCACGCCAUAAUAGAAACAAAUUAAACUACGCAUUCGUCAAUUGUGUUGAAAGUUAUACUUUAAGAAUUUUAUUUGAAAAUAUUUUGGAGUAUAUAAACAAAGAGAGUGCAGAUGAUGUUAAGACAGAAAAUUUAAAGGACUUUCUGGAACAAUUGCGCCAUUUACAGUCACAACCAGAAGCUCAGUACAUAAUUGUUUUAGACAAUGCAGAGAGACUAAGAGACAUGGAUGCGAAUGUGUUACCAUCUUUGUUACGUUUGCAACAACUCAGUGGUCUGAAUAUUUGUGUUGUAUUAGUAUCACAACUCCCAUUGGAAAAAUUUUACUGUAAAACUAGUAUUGAUGACCCCAUUACUUUAUACUUUGCUCAGUACACAAAAACUGAGACUUUGGAAAUAUUAAGUGCUGACUUCAAAAAUGCACAAAAACUUAUGGUUGCUCUCCUCAAACACAAGAAACCAGAAAAUCUAACAACUAAACUACAGAUAGUUGAAACAGUAACGAGAGAGUUUUUCAACAAUUAUUUGAAUAUAUUUCUGGGGGUAUUUUAUAAAGCAUGUCGUGAUCUUUCGGAACUUAAGAUUACUGCGCGAAAGUGCUUUACUUUUUAUAUGGAACCUAUACUGGAUGGCACGGUUAGCAUGACGGAUGUUUCGCGUCUAUGGCGUUGUAUUGCUGGCCCCCUACGAACAGCUCUAACUCAAGUAUACAUACGAAGUGGUCAAGCAGAGGUAAGAAAUGAUUUCUUAUAUAUAUUAAAUAAAUUAAAAAUAUUAAAUCUGCAGACACCAGCUGAAAACAAUGAUAAAGAAAUAUUAAAGAUUGCUCAAUCUCUGGAACUUCCAUACUAUGGCAAGUAUUUGUUAAUAGCUGCAUUUAUAGCGAGUUAUAAUUCCUCAAAAGAUGACAAACGUUUAUUUGUAAAAAAUCAUGGUAAAAGACGAAAGCGGCUGCAAAAUGUCAACGCCAAUGCCAAGGUCACUGAGAAGUUGAAUACAUAUAUUGGACCAAAAUCGUUUAGCGUUGACCGCCUUUUGGCCAUAUUUUAUGCCAUUCUUGAGGAGAAAGUUGGUUUAACUUGUAACUUGCUCUCACAAAUCUCAACAUUAGUCAAUCUUAAACUACUUAGCUUUGUGUCGGGAGAAAAUGUAAUGGAUGGCACGUCACGUUUGCAGUGUACAGUCGGACUCGAUUUUGUUAUAUGUAUAAGUCAAGUAGUAGGGUUUAAUGUGCGUCAGUACCUGAGUGAUUUCAAUUAAUUUUAUUUAUUUAUUUGGUAUAUAUUUGUAACUUGUUUUAUUAUUAAUUUAAUUUGAAAAUAUUUGUAAUAAAUAGUCUGGCAAAUCGCUAA